AUGCCUUCUGUGCGAGACUCCAUCAAGGAUGCGUUAGAAGCAGAAACAAUCACCACUACAAAUCAAUUAGAUGAUACAAAUUCAUUAUCAACAACUGAUACUAUUACAGCAUCUAAUAUCAAACUAGAUGCAAAUUUCAUCUCUACGGAUAACACCACGCCAUCUCAGAAUACGGAAGGUAUUUGGGUUCUAGGUUAUGGUUCGUUAUUAUAUAAACCACCUCCACAUUUCACCCAUCGUGUACCUUGUAGAAUCCCUGGUUAUACACGUAGGUUUUGGCAAUCAAGUAUAGAUCAUCGUGGUACACCUGAUUCCCCAGGUCGUGUGGCAACUCUGGUGCCAUUGUCAACAAUUUCCAAUUUAGAUGGCAACACUUCAUUAGAGCAUCCAGACGGUUUACCAGCUGCAGUGUAUUAUAUACCACCAUCUCAUGCAGCCGAAGUUCGUGCUAAUUUAGAUAUUAGAGAACAAAACGGUUAUGAUUUGGUCAAAGUUGAGGUUCAUCUGUUGCCUUCUGCCGAUCAUAAUUCAGAAUUAAAUAUGUUAUUAAAUGAAUUAGAAAUUGAUCCAAUAACGCAACACCACCUUUUACUUGCCUCCGUCUAUGUCGGAGUGCCUGGUGGUGAAGCUUAUAUAGGUCCAGAAGAAAUUAUUGAAACUGCGAAAGUCAUUGCCACUUCAAUUGGUCCAAGUGGUACAAAUUAUGAAUAUUUGAAAAAAAUGUGUACCUCUCUCGAUGAGAUGGUUCGUUUAACAGGUGUAGGUGUUGAUCCUUACCUAAUUGAAUUGUUGGAUUGUGUUGAAACUUUACGCAAAUGA